AUGGACAACCCACGAAUUAUGCCUGCUCUUGAGGCGAUCCACUCAGCAGUUCGUAGAAUUACUUGCAUUCCAGGAAGUAGGGAACAAGUAUGUUGUCAGCGUAGUGCAGCUGCCAUACUCGGCAAUCAUGCGGAGGUCACUCGUUGGGGGAGCCUGGUAGGUGCCGCAGGUGAAGAACAGACGCCAGGCGUUCCCGCAGCUCUGUAUGUCCAGGCACGAACAUCCCCACUACUUGCAGACGGUUCCCCACAAGCGGAAAUUCGUCAAGAUCCAGACUUACAGUAUCCGCAUGAAACAGGUAAAGUAAUGAUUUACUGGGCAUUUCGCAUUCGUGUUCACGCUGCUGCUGUUGACGCUGGACCUGCAACUCAGAGGUGGAAGGGCCUCCCCACUGGGGUACCACAACCUGAAGAAGAAAGUCUGAUGCCUAAGAGCCUCGAGAUUACGCAAAAGUGGACUUCUGCGGCCCUGCGGAUUCUUCCAGACGUGAGCCAAGCAGCAACUGCCUCCGUGGUAGAAGGGAAAGCGGACUUGAACGAGAAUUCGUUUUGGAGAGACCCUCAGCGAAACACGGAACGGCAUCAAAGCGAGGCAGCAGUAGCCUCAAGGCUCUCCCUGAUAGAGGAAUUUCGACGUUUUUCAAGGCAGCAUGUAGGCGGAGGAGGGGAUCCAUGGUCUCUCUUGUCGCGACACAGAGGAGCGGCUGACCCUAUAGGCCCUCCUCAAAAUGUGCAAGCUCUUGGCAACAUUCUGGAGAGGCCACCUGAAAGAGUUCGAGGUGCUUCUGGCCCCACAAAUAUGUUGCAAGUGGAGAGGGCAGCAGCAGCAGCAGCAGCAGCAGGUUCUCCUCAUCUCCUAAUUGGUCUUGUGCUGGCAGACGGCUCAGUGUGGGGUAUCGAUGACCUCAGGGCAGGCUUCCAGGAAGCACUGCAGCAGAGCAGCUUGCUGCCACCGACAAGAGGGGGGGCUAUGCUGAAGCGUCUCGAAGCCGACUGUGAGCGGGCGUCGCGCGGUACCAGACAAAGAGCCGAGGAGUUUGCCAAAUUCAUCGAUCAACAAAUGGCUGAGCUAGAAGAGCUCGCCACAGAGAGCGCCAGGCUCCAAGCCGAGGUGAAGGAACUGAAUACAAAGACGGAACAAAACCUUCAGGAAGUGGAAGCGCUUCUGGAGGAGGAUAAGGCAAGGGCUGUGGAUUCUGAAUUGGCACGCGUUGCCGCUGCAAAGGAAAAGGUGGAACUGAGGUUACAGGCUGCCAAACGCAAACUUGAUGCCACUCGGAAGGAGUUCAUGGUAGUGUCUCGCCAAGACCUCCACGCCCGCAAGGAGUGGCGCUCCCGUGUUGACGCGUAUAAAUUUACGCAUGGAAUCCGCAUUCACCAGCAACGGGGCAAGCCCUUCACACGAAUUUGCUUUUUGGGCCUUUACAAGGAGCUGGCGCAGCUUGAGUGCCACCUGGAUGUCUCCCUGGAGGACCAGAGCUGCCAAGACCUUAUAGCGGUGUCAAAGGCAGAUAUCCAGUGCAUUCACGAUCCCAAGAACGCAUCACCCCCUUACGCCCCCGCCUUUCUUGUUUCUGACUGUAUAUACCUUGAUCUGGAAUUUGCACUAGCCCUUGUACGUGGAUCGACGCUUACUCUUUCUCUAGACUCUAUGCUGUCUUUCUCUCGUUUGUGUCUACACUUGAUUCUCGCCAAGCCUCUGCUUCCGCCUCUCUGCCCACGCAAUCCCCACCUUGCCGCGGCUGCGCCAGUCAGUUCUGCCACGGCCGCUCACGACUGUAUCGCCAUACCACUGCCCUUUUGGGAUGUGCCUGUUAUGUAUUCUCUAGCUCGGGUGCUCUUUGAUCUCUUCUUUCUGUGUGAUUCAGUCGUGGGAGCCUGGCCCGAGGCCCCCCUGUCCGAGCUGUGCGCACUCUAUGCUGAAGGCCGCGUUAGCUUCACUGCAUUAGUAUCUCACUCUCGUCUAAUAUUUAAGGCUCAGCUGACGCGCAUGAGCCAUGCUCAGAAGCUCGUUGCUUUGCACGAGCAGCAAAGACAGCGCGGCAAGGACAAAUGGGCGAUCCAUUAA